CCUUGUUUACGUUUUAGGUUGGGUUCGUUUCCGGAGGUGGUUAUAACACAUUAACACAGUGCUAAACUCUCUAUCGGGUCCGUGCGGGUUUCCAAUCGGUCGUCGCCAGUUUCCGAAGCGGUCUCGGCCCUGGGAAAAUGUCCACCAGCGCCAACAGCUCCGACUGGUUCUACUUCCAUGUGUCUUAGCGAAGAGAGAACAGCGAUUCAUGUCCUCGAUAAUGGAGUCUCUCAGAAAAUGGUUCUACAAGCCAAGGAAGGAUGACACAUCCCACUUGGCACAAUUUUUCUAUGCGGAUGAAGCACUCAAUCUCGUCGCUGCUGAGCUUGACAGCUUUGACGGUCGCAAAGACCCCGAACGAUGCUCUAGCCUUGUCAACCACCUGAGACAAUGUCAGGACAAGGUAUUGAACAUUUGCAACAAAAUCAUGGAUGAGAUGAUACCCAAUGAGAGGGCUGACAGGGACUUCAGGGUCAAAUUUCCUGAUGAUGUGAUGCAGGACAAUCUUGCUGGACAACUUUGGUUUGGUGCUGAGUGCUUGGCUGCCGGUUCAAGCAUCAUGAACCGAGAAGCAGAAAGCAGCAUGAUGAGGCCCCUUGCAAAAGCGCUCACGAAGGCAUUAGAUAAUGUAAGAGGCCUUCUCAGGGAGGCAGCCCUCCGUUCCCACUCCACUCCUGUGAGUGAGAUCCAAACUGACAAGCUGACUGAGUCUCUGAAGGUUUUUGAUCGCCUUCUUGCUGAUUUCGAACUGGCUUAUGUCAGUGCAAUGGUCCCUGUUAAGUCUGUACAAGAGUAUGAACUUCAGCAAUGUGUAAUUGUACUGUUCUCAGAGACCCUUCACAGAGCUUUGAAAAUGGGCCUUUUGACGCAAGAAAUGGUAGAUCAGUACGACCCUGCUCUUAUGUUCACGAUACCAAGGCUUGCGAUAGUCACAGGGCUUGUGAUUUUCCCACAUGGCCCGCUUUCUUUAAGUUUCACUCAACCAAUUUCUGACAUGUUUAAACCCUUUAAGACACUCCUCAUUAGGAUUCGUGAACUUCUUAGAACUCUCACUGAAGAAGAGUUGUUGACGCUAGAAAAAAUGCUCUCUUCUUCGGAAGAACUGAUUUUCUCUGAAGACUGUGAGAAGAUUGAAAAUUUGAAGAGGACGAAAGACAACGAGGAAACAGACAAAUGGUCAAACAAACACGAAUGCAUCGAGGGUAGAGAAGAGCUCCCUGCGGAGAUAAUGGACGGCCGUUUACAAAACCGUGAAGUCCAACAACCUGUUGUCGAAAUAAUUGAGAAUAGCCCGCUUCCUCCCAAUGAAAUGCAACACAGUCCCCAUGACUCUGGCUUUGUUCAGAGCAACAGCGACGGAUCCCUUUCUGAAGCCGCCCGUGGCUCCGGCGAAGAAGUGACUAACAGAUGUCAAGACAUACUCACAUCUAAUUUUAACUCCUAUACGAAAAACUUACCAAAUAAAAAUAUAAGUGGAACACUGGAUGAUAAUUGGGGCGAAGCAUCCUUUAGACGCAACUAUGAUGAAAAUUGGGACAGUUUAGCAGAAAUGCAAACCAACUCUCAGGAUAUAUCUUCAAACCACACAGAGGGAGACAAUACAGCCGGGAGCAGCUAUUCUUCCUCUUGUUCAAGUUGCCAGAGCCCAUUAUCUAAUUGCGCAAGCAGUGAUACAUCAUCAUAUAAUUCCGAUUGCCAAGACGACAUUGAAGUUGCCUUGGCCCUCAAAGCAGCUGAGCUUAGGACGAGUCAAGAAGCUAGAGCAAAAUUCAGGUCGAGCGCGGACUUAGUCCAUAGGCUCUUUGUUUGUGUGGCUGGAGUGGCAGACCAACUUCAGACAAAUUUCGCAGGUGAUCUUCGUAACAUUCUGAAGUCUGUUUUUCUUAUGAAUGCCAGUGACAGAGGAGAAUAUGGGACUGUGAAUGAUGAAAAUAUUGAAUGCUGUGAAAGAGGAGAGGAUGCUGUUGAAUGGGGUGAGAGGGAAACUCAACCUGCACCCUCUUGGGUGCCUGAUCAGGCAGCGCCUUCUUGUAUGUACUGCACUUCACCCUUUACCGUAGUUAGGCGAAGGCAUCAUUGCAGGAACUGUGGCAAAGUGUUCUGUGCAAGGUGCAGCUCGAAUUCAGUCCCUCUCCCUCGAUACGGACAUCUCAAACCUGUUCGAGUGUGCAACAGGUGUUUUAUAUACCAAGUCACACCUUUUUCACUCGAAACCAACAUAAGGACAGCCAACUGACAAUAUAUAAUUAUUAUAUUAAUAACCA